GGCGGUUCAGUGAAUUGAUGGGGCGAGAUUAGUACUAUACUAGGGGUACACAUUAUUGGACGACGGACUUGUGAAAAUGACGAAGAACGUAAGCAUCAUCACCAUCACCCCAACCAACAACACAUCGGCCAACAAUCAGGAGCUGGUCAUGUACCGCGACUCGGACUUGCCGUUCCCAGACCCCAAGGACGACGACGAGUACGAAGAGAGCUUCCAGCGCCGCCGCCGCAUCCGCGUCUUGGCCAUUAUGGCCGCCGCGCUUUUGGUCGUGGGAGCCGCCAUCGCCAUCACGUUUGCGGCUAUUCCCACCUCGGACGCAAGCCAAUCGUCUGGUCUCGCCAGCACCACUGUCGCGCCGCCUAUCACUGUUACCACCACCACCGCUCCUGUCGUGCCAGCUGAACUGCUUGUGGGAGGCACCUUGCCCGACGAAGUCGUGACGGUGGAAACACCCACCUCAACCCCUGACGCCACACCACAAGUGACCACGGCUACCCCCGAACCCACUACAGUGACCCCCGAACCCACUACAGUGACCCCCGAACCCACUACAGUGACCCCCGAACCCACUACAGUGACCUCUGAACCAACGACGGUGACCCCUCAACCCACCACCACCACGGCUGCACCCACCGACGCCCCCAUCAUUGGCAAACCCGAAUCGGCGCCAGCCCCUCCAGCUCUGGGUCAUGCACCUCCCGCUCCCGCCCCUGCACCCCCCGCCCCUGCACCUGCACCUCCCGCCCCUGCACCUGCACCUCCUGCCCCUGCACCUGCACCUCCUGCCCCUGCACCUGCACCUCCUGCCCCUGCACCUGCACCUCCAGCUCCAGCUCCUGCACCUCCAGCUCCAGCUCCUGCACCUCCAGCUCAAGCCCCUGCACCUCCAGCUCCAACUCCUGCACCUCCCGCCCCUGCGCCUGGGCCAAGCCCCAUUGGCCCAAGCACGUAUCGAGUGGUGAACGGAUGCAACAAGAACCAAGAUAUGUACUGGCGCUCCACCGACCUCGUCGACCACAGUCGCAACCUGGGGCCGUACGAGUCGUUGGACUUGAAUGCGUUGGAUUACGGUCCCGGCAAGAACAUUAUGAUUCGCGCCACGGCCAACAACGACGCCACAUUGUUUGAAGGGUACUUUGACCCUUCGUUCAACGUUGUGCCUGGAGCCGGUGGCACCAUCUGGUACGACAUCAGCGUCAUCCCCAACGACUGCGGAACGUCCUGGAGCCACUGCAGCGGCAGCGGCGUCGGCUACAACGCUCCAUUAACCGUGGAAGUCGUGGGCAAGCUGCAGGCCAAGUGUGAGAACUUGGUGUGCAACCAGCCGCGAUGCCCCGCGGGGUACCACGUACCGGACGACAACUUGAAAGUCAAGUCGUGCGAGAAGAAGACGUCGUUCAUUUUAACUUUUGGCUGUGCCACGCGAUAAAUAGAAACGUCCGAUAUCGAUGAA